AGGAAUGGCUAGUGUGGCGUGGGGCAAACGGAUCCACUUCCAUCUCCUCCAGAGGCCAUUCCUCGCGUCGGAAAAAUACUACCCGGAAAAGUGUCACCAGCCAGCAAGUUGCGUGUUUAUUAAACUCCUAACCUCAAAUCAGCAUAAUGAAGAAACGUUUAAAGCCGGUAUAGUGGUGCCUGAGGUAUCGCAUACAUCGGGAAAUAAUCGAGUGUCAGUGAAGUGCUAGUCGGCAUUCGAAUAGGCGUGAACGCUUUUGCGAUUGUCGCAAUGGCCGACGUACGUCUGGUUAACACCGACGCUGAGCCAGAGCACCCAGAGGAGGCCUGCGAGGAAAAUCAAAUAUCGGUAUUUCACCCGGGUGAUUAUCUCCGACGAGUUGUACGGGAUUGGAUGCGUUCGCGGGAUCCCCAAUCGGUAAUAACCGACAUGGUCCCAACCAACGUAACCAUCGAUGUAAACACAGAUUUGAAUCUACGUAUUGGUGCCCAGAGAAGCCACUGUACAUGGACAUGGAUCUUCGAGGUACGUUGUAUAGGACGUCCAUUGAAAAAUAUUGUUCUGUCAUUGGACGCACAUCGCGAAUGCUUUGGCAUCAGAUAUGUACUUCGCGAGGGUAUAAGAGCCGGUUAUACUCACAGCCAAGAAUGGCAUGAUCCUGUGCCCGAUCACUCAAUUCAAAUCGAUCGAAUCACAUGUUACACCGUCGAAGUGGCAUUUGCCGCGAAUGGACAUGGAACUUAUCGUCAAAAUGUGCUUUUUGGUUUCGAUGGUUAUCCUGUUGUUCGGCGAAAAAUAUGCGCUGAUAUCGUGCCGGUUGGUGAUCUACCGCGUUUGACAGAUGCUACCAAGUAUUUUAUCAAUCAAACUGCUCACGUGUGGUCGUCCAGAAACAACGAUUAUCAUCGGUUUGAUUCACCUUUUGUACCCGCACCUGAUCCAUGGGAGAAGAAUCUCGCUAAGGCGUAUCCAUAUCCUGGGGAGGAUGUCUUUAUACUCUCACAUGCCACCCUCACUGAGGACUCUUUGACGCGUACUAAUUAUCGGGGUAGAAUGCACGAGUUGAUAUCCGUUGAGGAAUUAGCAAGGCAUGAGCAAGUCGCUAGGUAUAAUACUAUUGUGCAGAUACAGCUGUCCUCCUGUUAUAUUUUGUCGUCUGAUACUGAUGGAUCGACUACCGCAAAAUACGCACCACUUGGAGAACUUUUCGCCCAGUUGCCUUUAGGUCGUGGGGUCUCGGAGGAUAUGAAGAGUGGUCGUCUACUGUUGCGUGGAUGCAAUACUAUUCUUAUGAAGCUAUUCAAUUCACCGGAUAAUCCGAUAAAUCCAGAAGCAACGUAUGUCCAUGAGGCCCAUGUUGAGGACAAAUGUAAUUACAUGAUAUACGCUAGACUCUCGAAAUCGUGUGUCGAACGUUUAAAUUUAAAACCCGACACAACUGUGAAGAUGUAUGUGCAGUUUGUUCUUAACAGACUGCCAUUCUGCGAGUGGCACAGAGCUGUCGAUUGUCUGCCAGACACGAGACUUGUUUUUCCAGAAUCACAUUAUGAAUUACCAAUGUGUUUACCAUCCGUCCUUGAGUCUAACAAAAAUGGGGCUAAAUGGUGUGAACUGCUGGAUAAUAGAUUGAACGAUAGACAGAGAGAGGCCGUUAAAUUGAUGAUAGCACCGAUUGAAAUAUAUUUACCACCGAUAUUAUUGCUCGGUCCAUACGGAACAGGCAAAACAUUCACCAUUGCCCAAGCACUGUUGAUACUUCUCCUCCAGAAUCCCAUGAAUAAAGUAUUGCUCUGCACCCAGAGCAAUAGUGCAGCUGAUCUUUACGUCAAAGAGUUUUUUGACGAGUGGUACACGACCACAAAGGAGGAAAGGCUGAAGCCAAUGAGAAUAUACUACAAGAGACGAUUGAGAACAACAGUUCAUUCCACUGUUCGUAAAUACUGCCUAGUUGAUCCCAAUGGCUACUUUCGUGAUCCCACAAAGGAGGAUCUCGACUCCUGUGGAUUAAUUGUUACAACUUUAGCAACUUCUGGUUGCUUAACAGCUCUAGACGUUCAACCCACUCAUAUUGUCAUCGAUGAAGCAGCUCAGGCCCUCGAGUGCGAAGCACUAACACCCUUGGCCCUGGUCGGUCAGAGAACUCGAAUUAUUCUCUCUGGUGAUCAGAUGCAACUUGCACCGGAAGUUUACAGCGAUUUGGCUAAAGAGCGGGGUCUUGGUACGAGUUUACUCGAAAGACUUCACAAUUUGUACUCGCCAAAUCAUCCGUGCAGAGUUAGCCUCUGCCAGAAUUAUCGAUCACAUGCUGAUAUCGUCAGACUAACGUCGAAUCUUUUUUACGGCAAUGAAAUUGAACCCAGCGGCCCGUUACUGCCUAAUCAUCCUAAUUUGAAGCCUUUGUUGUUUUAUGCUGUGCAGGGGAUUGAAGUACAGGGCCAAUUCUCUACAGGCUUUUACAAUGACGAGGAAGCAGUUGAGCUGGCUAAAAGAAUAGCUUCCCUGAAGUCCUGUUGGCCAGUAGAUGAGUGGGGCCCAUUCGGUGAAGACUCAAUUGGCGUAUUGGCUCAUUACUCCGAGCAAGUGGCACGCAUUCGCAAUGAGCUGCGUAAACGAAAGUUAUUCUCAAUAUCAGUGGAACGUGUAUUGAACGUUCAGGGAAAACAAUUCACAGCGGUAUUUAUCAGUACAGUGAGAACGCGAAAUUGCUGCAGAUAUUCAGCUGAGAGUAGUGUAAGUGAUUACGGAUUUCUGACAAAUCCAAGACUCCUGAAUACAGCUAUAACACGUGCUAAAGCACUUGUGGCUGUUGUUGGUGAUCCAGUGGCACUUCUGACAACUGGAUCGUGUCGGUCGUUGUGGGGAAAGUAUUUUCAAACGGCCACGGUAAGGGGAAUACCCCACCAGCUUUUGACACAACACGUGACACGUAGUAUGGCACCGCCGAUGCCACUUGGAAUGCCACUGAAUCCACUGGCCAGGGAGUUUGUACCCAGACAGGCGCAACGAGCUGACUGAGCAGUUUAUCAUUUUACUGAGUUAUUUCGAGGGGAUGAAUUCAGUAUCGAGGGAAUAAACAGUAACAUUUCCAUUCGGCUAAAUAGUCUUCGUGAGUUUUUUUGGAAGUAUUUUUGAAUCUAAAA